AUGCAGAAACUAAAUAGCAAUAUGGAGGGUUCAGAUGUCACGAUAAAUCACAAUGAAUUGGUAAAUGAAAGAGAGGACGGGAAUUUAGCUCUUCUUGCUGAAGUAUUCACUGAACAAUCUGAAAAAAAGACUGAUACUGAGAAUGAAAAUGACAGGUUAAGCGAUAGCACUGCUUUGGUCCAAAAUGAUACAAAUGAUAAAAUUGCUGCAGUUUCUAUGGAUCAUCAAAAUACUUGUCGUAUAACGGAAGAAGAAUCUGGGACUGCAUCGAAACACAUUUCUGCUAUCAAUUCAAUAAUUAAAAACACCUCAUUAGAUAGCGUAUAUGAGGAAGUUAUUAAUACACCGUCUUGCGAAAUGUGCCAUAAUUAUGAAGUUAACCUGACGAAGAUGCAGGACACUGAACGAAACUUGAGAGAGCAGUUAUCUGCAGCGUUACAUUUGGUUGACCGUUAUCAAACUGAGCUAUCAGGAGAACGUUUGUACAGGAGGGAAUUGGAGAUUAAAACUACAACUUUAUGUGCAGACAAUGAAAAAGAAGUAAAUAUUGCAAAAAGUGAAAACGAUGAAUGCGCCAAACAGUUGCAUAUUGUUGAUGAAAAAUGUGAGAAGUUGAUACGGGAGCAGCGGACCAGCAUUUCUCGUCUUAAAGAACGCUUGCGGAUGUUAAAUAAGGAUCUAAUAAACUUGAGCACUCGAUACCAAAAACUUCUUGGCAUUAAUCGAAAAUGUGCUUCUGAAAUGCAAGCUCAAACAAUAGAGUUGCCUCAAGAUGUUGAUCAGUUACAAUUUUUAUGCCUUCAAUUGAGAGAAGAACUUAUUGAAACUCGAGCUGCUAAGGAACAUGCUGAGGUGAUGUUGAGAGAUGAAAUAGCAACGUUGGAAGUUCAAAGAAAAGAAGAUGAAAUAGAAAAGAGAAGGAUUGAACAUGCUUACAAUGAGAAAGUGAACGGAGUUAAUCAGGAGCUUGGUUUCGCUUGGAGUCAACUGAAUUCUAUGAAAGAUGCAUCUUCAAAAGUUGAAGAAAUGGACAAGCAAAUGGCGGAGUACCGUGAAGUAAUCGAGGAUUUGGAGAAGCAGUUGCAGGCAGUACAGAAAGAACGCGCUGAUUUGGAACUGACUAUCGCUUCUUACAAACAAAACGUGAGAAUGUCAUAUCUUCGCUUCUCUGGAAAGUUUUUUGAGUCAUUUAGGUGUUCAACUUUGCAACAAGAACUUGAUACAUCGGAAGCGGUCCAAAAAGAUUUCGUCAAACUGUCUCAAAGUUUGCAGAUAGAGCUUGAAAAAAUUCGGCAAGCAGAGCAGGAAGUACGGUGGCAAUUUGAUGAAGACGUGCAGGCAUGUAAUCAGUGUCAUUCAAACUUUGUCAAGAACCGUUCUAAACUUCAUUGUUAUCAUUGUGGCAAAAUUUUCUGUGCAUUGUGUUUGACGGCAACAGUGCCUAGUGGACCGCAUCGAAAACCAGCGAGAGUAUGUCAGGUGUGUCACACUCUUCUUAGCAGGUAA